AGCAGCAGCGCGGCGCCCAGCACCAGCAGCAGCAUCGCGGCGCCCCGCACGGCCCCAGCCUAUCGCCGCCGCCGUCCGCGCCCGCCCCGGCCCUUCCCCCGGCCCGCCCCCGCCGCGCCCCGGCAGCCGGGGCACCGGCCCAGCCUCAUUCAAACGGCAGCAGCGCCCAGCAGGCCCGCCGGCUCCAGAGCUAAGGGAGAACAGUCUUGCUGUUGGUAGCGUGUGUUAAUUGAAAGCAUGUUGGCUACCAAGCUGUCCCGGCCUCUCCUGAACUUCUCUGUGAAAGCCCUGAAUUUCAAGGACCCAGGGAAUGGCUUCAGGCCUGUGCAAAGAUUUUGCUUCCCUCUCUUGUCCCCAUGUGGCAGCCGCUCUUAUGCAAGUGAAGUCGAUGAGAUUGGCAGCAGAGCUGUGCUUAUAACGGGUUGUGACUCAGGGUUUGGAUUUGCCUUGGCCAAGCACCUGCAUACCAAAGGCUUCAUUGUUUACGCUGGCUGCCUGCAAAAGGACAAGGGAGAUGGUGGCUCCAAGGAUCUGGACAACAUGAACAGUGAUCGAAUGAGAACUGUCCAGCUCAACGUCUGUGACAGCAAAGAAGUGGACCGAGCAGUGGACCACGUGAAUAGCAGCCUUGAGGACCCAGAGAAAGGGCUCUGGGGGCUGGUUAACAAUGCUGGGAUCUCCACAUUUGGGGAAGUCGAGUUCACCAGCAUGGACACCUACAUGGAGGUAGCUGAAGUCAACCUGUGGGGGACUGUGCGAACCACCAAGGCUUUCCUCCCACUCAUCCGGAGGUCAAAGGGUCGUGUGGUGAACAUCAGUAGCAUGAUGGGUCGGAUGGGCAGUCCUGCCCGGUCACCGUACUGCAUCACCAAGUUUGGUGUGGAAGCCUUCUCCGACUGCCUGCGGUAUGAAAUGCAGCCCCAGGGGGUGAUGGUCAGCAUCGUGGAGCCUGGCAAUUUCAUAGCUGCCACCAACCUGUACAGCCCCGAGCGAAUCAAAGCCAUAGCUGACAAAAUGUGGGACGAGCUCCCUGAGAUAGUGCGCAAAGACUAUGGCAGGAAGUACUUCGAUGAGCAGGUCAGCAAGAUGGAGACGUACUGCAACAGUGGCUCGACAGACACCUCACCGGUCAUCGAAAGCGUCGCCCACGCGCUCACCUCCACGACCCCCUACACCCGCUACCACCCCAUGGAUUACUACUGGUGGCUGCGCAUGCAGAUCAUGACGCACAUGCCUGCUGCCAUUGCAGAUCGGCUCUAUGUCUAUUGAGGCCUCACACUCCUAGGCUACCCAUGUGGGAAAUUUGUUUUAAAGAGAGCAUCGUACACACUUCCCAUUAGUCCUUUUUAAAUUUUUCUAACCUCAUUUCAGAGUACUGUAUUUUAGCUCUAAAGGGUUCAUUUAAACAUCUAACAUAACCUAAAGGGCAGUAAUUUGCAAGGGAUGCUUCAUAGGCAGGAAUAUGUUAUGUUUGUGCAGGGACAUUGAUUCUUUGCUAUUUAUUUCAUGUAAUCCUUUUUGUUUUCACCUCAAAUAUGAAGUUAUAAUCAUUAUUUAAACUGCAAUUGCUCUGAAGUGUUUUCAGAAUAAUUUCUGCUGAUGGCCAAACACAAUCUUCACAAUUCCUGCCUAGGAUGCAGCCUUCACACCAUAAAACAGAGGCCCUCCAUGCCAUGACGGCAAACCACUGCCUCCUGAUGACAAAGAGCGUCCAACAGACUUUUCGAGGCCUGGUCACAGUAGCCCAAGGCAGAGCAGAGACUUCUUUAAUUUGGGGAUCAGAACUCAAAAUGCUCGAGGUGCUGAAACUGAGCAACUGACCCUGUCCCUUUCUCUCUUAGAAUUAUACUGAUGAAACCUUAGAGAAAAGGAACCAGUCUGCUUUUCUUGCAUGCUUUCUUGCAAAGGAGUUCAAUGGUCCAGGGACUCAAUCCUGCAGACCUUUCCCACAGGAGUUUCUUACUCAUAUGAGCAUUCCCAUGAGUGUGAGCAGCUUUACGCACAGGACUGCAGGUGUCAGGAUUGGCCUGUAGUAACAUUUCUCUUCUCUUCAACAGUAAUUGAAUGUCAACUCCAGACUUAGUUUGGAGAAGAGCUUCACUCUAGCUCCUAUAAUUUGUGAGGAUCACCGCAGAGCAGAGGGAAGCAGAGAGGGUUAUAGUCACAUCACUGAAUGCUGUUCUUACCAGGGACCUCAGAGUUACACCGAAGUAUUUGUACAGCACCUUGCACAGAAGGGCCUUAACCCUGACCACGGCCUCUAGGCACUAUUGCAGUGCAGGUAAUUAAUAACAAUAAUAACUUUAAUUGAAGGAGUCACUGAGCUGAAAUACAUCUAACAUGAUACAAAUCUAACAGAACAUCCAUAACAAUGAAGUUAACUUUAAGAGCAGUUUCAUUUCCAUGAUGGUUGUUUACAUGUCUGAGAAACAUUUGUUUUGUACCGUAAGAAAAGAAAAAACCAUAAAAGAUCCUUUCAUGGGAAAAUGUGGAAAGGGUUAAUUUUUUUUAAGCUUGAAAGGUGAAAAACACAAGUAAUUAAAAUACCAUUGUUAGCAAAGUUAAAGAGAAGAGAUCUCACGUGCUCUAGUAACAUACCAUGACAUGAUCAAACUCCUUUGGCUUAAUAAAUGUAUACAUGAAUGGUAACAAAA